AUGCCCAGUCGGGAAUGCGUCACAUGCGGCCGCGCCAGUCCACAGGCGCUUCUUUUACCAUGUGACCAACGGCCUGGACUGCACAUGUGUCACUGGUGCUGGGGCGACUAUCACACACCUUCCCAUUCAUCUCAACUCCCCAAUCUUCAGGCUCCUCCUUCUAUUCCAGCUCUUGAAUCUCCCUUCCAUACGCACUUAAUCUCUCCCCAAUCUAGAGGUGCUGCCACGGAAGAGUUCGCAAGAGCACAAGAUAAGCAGCACCAGCUGACGUUGCGAUGCCCUCUCAGUCAGACGGCAUUAGAUUUGGGAGAAUCGGAGGUGUUGCGAAUCAAGGAAGUCACUGUACGAAGAGCUGAGGGUGAGAAUGAGGAGGAGCAAAGACAAGCAGAGAGAGAGGAAGAGGAUGAAGAUGAGCUCGAAGAGGACGACGAAGAGGGAGAGGAAAAGGAGGAUAGGGGAGAAGAUGAUGAGGUGGAAGGGGACGAUGAAGGAGGAGCAGACGAAGAGGAGGAAUAUGGUGAAGAUGAAGACGAAAGUAAUGCUAUUGAGGAUGGGAGAAAGGGCAUAAAGGAAUGGAUCCCGUACCAUCCACUUUAUAUUGUCAAAAAGCAGCCGCCUUGCCUCCUCCCUCAUCAGCCACAGUCUAUCUAUCUCCACUUGCAAGGGAUUGAACAAAAGCAACAUCCUUCACCCUAUCCCCGUCUGCAUAACCAGAACCCCCAGCUCAGCCACCAUACUUACCAAAACCAGUCACAUCCUUAUCACCGCUUCGUUCAGACUCUUAGCUACCCUCACCAAAUUCAGAACCCUCAGCAACAACCUCGACUCCAAGACUGUCAGCAUCCAAUUCAAUAUCAACAACAUCACAGGCAGGAAAUGAGAGACUUGGGAAAUGGCUUGAAUGCAUACCAACAAGAACAGGUAGGAGGGUGGGAAGCAAUGAAAACUAUAAGGCUGCAUUAA